AUGUACGACUCCAGAGAAAGACAGAAGUUCAUCAGUGAUGCUCAGUAUGUGAGGGAAAUGCAACACAAGAUGGAUUCAGAGUAUCAGGCUUGCCUGAGAAUACAGGAGCAGAAUAGAGAACAGACUGAGAAGAAACGAGAGCAACAUGCCAGGCAAGAACAGAGACAGAAAACCCUAUCUUCCAUCUAUGCUACACGCAGUUAUGAAAGACCAUGGAUAUCAGGCAUACCAGUUACCAGACAGACCUCUGCAGAUGAGGGUUCUGGGUCCGCCAUCAAGCUUUCUGCAAACAGAUCUGACUCAAAAUUUCCUGCUAUAGAAAAAACAUCAAGCAAGCAAAAGCAAAAACCUCCCAUGAGUUCCAGCAAAGUAACUCCAGCUGCCCAGAAGCAGUCAUUAUUAAGGAGGAAGAGAAUGAACCAGGGAGGAUUGUUGGGAAGCCCAGACACCCAGAAUAUGAGAAAAUUGGAAGACAGAGACAGACAGGCCUCGUUGCUGCAGGCAAAGGCACAAGUUACCAGUGCAUCUGAUCUAGGAGUGACAAAUGAAACUAUGCUCACGAACAAGAAGAGAUCGCAAGAGAAAAGGAAUGUAAUCCAGUCUUCUAAGCUAAAUCUCGAUUGUAAAGGUCUAGACAAAGAUAGCAAAAUAGGAAGUGUCCUUCCACAGGAUCAGCAGUCUCCAACUCUAUCAUCUGCAUCUACCUUGCAAGGAGCUCAUGGUUCCUUUGUCUCAAAUGAGUCACAUGGUCCAUCUUUUAUACCCACUAAAAUGGCCCCUUUGAGGUUUAGAGAUGAAAACUUUUAUUCUAUGCUUUGCUUAAACAUGGAAGAGUCCUGUGAAGAAAAUGAUACUAAAGAUGAUGAUUUACUAGAGAAGGAAUUCCUUUCUUUCAAUCUAAAUCACUCUCCUACUCCUCUAGAACAAAUUAGGAAAUUUAGUGGAACAUCCUUGGCACAAGAUGAACAAUGUAACUCUGAAGAAGCUGGAGAUGAUAGAAGCAUUUCAUCAAGAAGAGUUGAAUCUUCUCAUCAACCAUUAAGACAACCCAAUGUAAUGGACACAGCUGUUGAACAGUCUUCAUUAAGGCGAAGAAACUUUAGGGACUAUGGAAAGUCUUACACUCCAGAUGGGAAUUCUUCUGAAGGUGCUGAUUGCAAUGAAAAUGAAACUCCAUUAUUUAGUUCAAGAAGCUCACGAGCUGAAAGCAGACCAGGCAGCGCACCUAUUGCUGAGACUCUUAAUAACAUUAGCUCUAUAGAUAGGCGUAGCGUCAAUAUUUAUAACAGAGAAUUGCAAGCCUAUGAAAGCAACCAGAGGCGUUAUACUGAUCUCCUUACUUCUGCAAGGUCAACAGUUCAUAGACCAUUAUUGUAUUCUGCAUAUAAUACUCCAAGAUCAUUAAUACAAUCUGCUCAUAGAGCUGAGGUCUCAACAAAUUUGAGCUCGACAACUGUACCAUCUCAAGUAUUGGAUUUGGAUGGAAGUUCAAGGUUUAAUGUCCGUAGACCCUUGUCUCCUAUAAGAAGUAGAGAUUCUUUUUCUGCUACAGAAAGUUAUGAAUCUUCAUCACCUAUAGUCAGUACACCUGAAGAUAAUAGCCUACUGGAUGAUAGUAUAGAUAAUGGUUUAAAGAGUACAUCUGCAAAUGCUGCCUUACAUGAUGAAGAGAACUUACUAAAUUCACAUAGUUCUUUUUUAUCUAUAGAUUCUUCCAGCCCAUCUUUGUUUCAAACAAAUUUCACAGCCCACCUUCACAUGGCUGGCACUUUACAUGAUCAAUUACCACUUGCUUUGCUGGCAGUGUCUGAUUUACAAAAUCAAAGUAGUGCUAUGAGCAGCAUUACAGCAUGUGAUACCACAAGUGCAAAGGAAAUAAACAAACAUGCAGACCCAGAGAAGCUUAAGAAACUGCAGGAGAGUCUACUGGCAGAAGACUCAGAAGAGGAAGGAGACCAAUGUCGGAUAUGUCAGAUUGCUGGGGGCUCUUUAACCAAUCCACUGGUAGAACCAUGUGGGUGCGUAGGAACCCUACAGUUUGUUCAUCAGGAAUGUCUAAAAACGUGGCUGAAAGCUAAGAUAAAAUCAGGUGCUGAGCUGGGGGCAGUGAAAACCUGUGAACUGUGUAAGCAGAGCCUGAUAGCUGAUCUGGAUGAUUUUGAUGUGAAUGACUAUUACAGAAAUCACCAACAGUCUCGGGCACAAAGUGAGCUAAUGAAUUCAGGUCUCUACCUUGUGCUGCUCCUUCACCUUUAUGAACAGAGGUUUGCAGAACUCAUGCAACUAAACUACAAUCAAGCCAGUAGAGACAGGCUCUCAAGACAGCCUAGAGCAGAGGAAAAUGAAAGUAGGUUUUUGGAGUUCAGAAUCACUUCUCAGAGAUUCUUGCGUAUUAGUUCUCAUUAA